AUGUCUACUGCUGUGAAAUUGCCUAUGAGGCUUGGGGCGGGCAGUUAUAGCCUGAUACAGAAGAGAUCUUUGAUGGGUUUUGUUAGAAAUGCUUUGGGUUUGGAUCCUCCUCCUUCUCCAGACGACCCAACUCCAGAGAAUAGAUUCCAUCCUUGGGAUCAGUCACCUUGUGUCGACUUGCGUGAACGUGCUGCGAAGAUUAGAACUUUGGCUAAAUGUCCUGUCACUCACAAAGAUAUUAACUACACUUGUCCUUUAUCUGGAAUUCCAACUCAUCAUGACAAAGAAGCUUGGUUAAUGGAUAAAGAUUACCAUGAAUCAAAGAGAUAUGAAAUUUUGAAGAAGGUUAAUAUAUAUGAACAUGAUUUGAGAAGUGGGAGACCAUUCCCUGAGUUUGAUUUCCCUCAAGAUCAAGAUUACGAUCGUUUGAUUAAUUUGACUAAUUGGGAUUUGUUCUUUUACACACGUUCUUUCUAUUCAAUGGAUACAGAAUUUCAAUUAGCUGCUGUAACUAAGAUGUUGAGUUACCCAAUUACCAUUGGUUCUUUGUUACAUCAAUUCUCGCCAUAUUCUUUGAAUCCAAAGGGUCCUGUUACUUUGGAAGGUUUGAAAUCUUUGGCCGCUCUUCGUUAUACUCUAUAUCCGUAUCAAAAUAAAUCACAAAAUGUUAAAGUAAAUACAAGGGAUAGACCAAUGAGGAUUUUCAUCUUGGGGGCUAGAGCAGAAGCUCAAUUGCCAGGCCAUGUUUGGAAACAAUUCCAAUAUUUGUUCCCUGAACAAGAAUUCGAAAUCCAUUUCAUCGGUCCUGAAUGUUACUUGAACAAAGAAAAGAACCAAUAUAUCACAUCAUCUACUCCAAUAGUUAAGAAAGUUGAUGAUACUUUGAAAUUAGUUUUCCAUCCUGACUACUUUCAUGUUUUCCAUGAAGCUCAAGAUUUCUUCCCUUACGAUCCAUUUUUAGAUGUUUUCUUUACUUUCCAUCCUGGUUAUGCUUACCCUGAGACUACAGAAAUUUGGUUAGGUGAAACAAUGAAAGCUUUGCUAGACACCAAAUGUGCUAUUUUCACUACUGGUUUCAGCAAACAAGAUUUGUUACGUGAUAUUGAUGUCGUCAAGAAUAGGUAUGGUAACGAAUUAGAUAUGUUGAUGGAUCCAGUCAAGAAUGUCUUUGGAAGCACCAAAUGGGAAUUAAAUGAUAUGAAUCCACAAGAAGUUUACCAAUUCAAUAUGUAUAUUGCUGGUUUUAGGGGUAAGAGGUAUCAUGCAAUUGAAGUUUAA